UGUAUAGACACACACACACUAACACAUAAACACGAAUGCACUCAUUAUAAACAUUCAACGAUAACAAUGAAAGGAGUAACAGUGUUUUCAUAAAGUGUCGAUGUUCCAUUGUGUCUCAGCUCUCCUCAGAGAACCUCACAGACGUUCUCCGAGCUCUCGUCCUCAGUUAGAGAUUUAUUCUGCGUCUGGAGUCUCCAUCGCCAGCUUCCCGUGGAAGAGUGGUCCGGUGGUCCACUUGGGUUGGACGGUUAAUGAUGAGCUGUUGUGUAUUCAGGAGGACGGAUCAGUUCUGAUCUACGAUCUGUUCGGAUCCUUCAAGAGACACUUCAGUAUGGGACAGGAAGUGGUCCAGAGUCAGGGCCCCGUUCCUCGUACGUGGUUCAACUAAGUCGAUCAAAUGUCCUAUUAGCAGCCUAAAUUAACGAGAUGAUUGAAGUCAGGCUAUCUCGGUUUCUCCAAGGCUGAUCCUCUCAAACAGUCUCGUUAAUUGGAACCAGACGAUCAGGAUCAG